AUGAAGGAGGCCUUUGUGGACAAUGAUAUCUCACUGACAAUCCGAGACACCGAUAUUCCCGUCCCUAAAGCUGGCCAGGUCCUUAUUCACGUGGUCGUUUCUGGCACCAAUCCUAAAGACUGGAAUCCCUGGUGGCCAAUAGACGGGACACCCACCAAUCAAGGAGAUGAUAUCGCCGGAUACAUCGAGGCAGUGGGGGAGGGCGUGAUGGGAUUCCACAAGGGCGACAAGGUCGCUGCGUUCCAUCAAGUGAUGACACCUCAUGGUAGCUACGCCGAGUAUGCGAUCGCGCCCGAGUACACGACCUACGCCUUUGUCGAAACUCUUAUCGAUCGUGAGAAGGGUGACACGAUAAUCGACUAUCGUGAAGGUGACGAGGUCGUUCGGGCAAAGAUCAAGGAAGCGGCCGGUGGGCGAUCUAUACACUACGCAUACGAUGCGCCCUACGAGGGAAUUAUCAUGGGCCAAACUAUAGCGGGAUCGGUUCACAUGCCUCCCGCAGCAGGCAAAACAGUCGAGGAUAACGAGUUUAGUGCUGCUAUCUUCCAAUUCAUUGGCCGUGGUUUGGCGCAGGGCUGGUUCUCGGGACACCAGUAUGAAGUGCGCCCGGGUGGGUUGACUGGACUUGAAGGGGCGUUGCAGGAUCUUAAAGCGGGCAAGGCGUCUGCUAUUAAGUACGUGGUGCGUAUUGGCGAAACGGAAGGAGUGAUAUAG